AAGUCCAGCUUGGUUCUUGCCAUUUUCAUGGAUGGGAGAAACCCCACGUAAACGUCCUCUGCCUAAACCUUCUCAUUCGGACGCAACAGCCAAUCAGCCAUAUCUGAUUCAACAUUGCAAACACAAUACACCAGCAUAUCAGAAAACCACAUCAAUCGUAAUCACAACAGUUGCAGAGGUAAUUUAUGUAAAGUAGGGCUCAGCCGGCUAUGAAUUCCGAUUUCUCUAAACACCUUGGCAGGCUAGUGAACGGCAUCUCCCUCAUUGCCAAGGAGAUCGCAAAACGAUCUGAAACUCUUGAAAACGCCAGGAAAGGUGAUUUUGAAACCCUAAUCACGUCCUCCUUGAAGAAAGCCGUAGUUUCGGCCACCGACUUGUCGGGCCUCACCAGGGGCAAGGUCCGGGAGUUCUCCAGCCCCAAGCCCAAAGAAUCCGUUGUUUAUUUCGGCCAUUCUGCUGGCGCGGCAGAGCCCAGGCCUGUUCAAGAACAGUCAAUUAGUUAUAAUGAAGUUAUUAACGGUAAUAAUGUCGUUAUGGAAGAGAAAGUCGUUGAUUCUCCUCAGAUUUCGACUUAUGAAAUUGGUGAUUUGGCGAGCGAUGGUGGGGUGGAGGAACGUGAAUCUCAAAAUUUGGAGACUACGAGCAGUGCGGGUGGUGGACAGCUGGCCGCCGCACCUGUGAAGAGGCGGAAGCCCAGGGAGAGGAAAGUUCCUACAACGCCAUUUACUAGGGCACUUGGGUUUGCUGGUCUAGGAGCUGGUCUUGCUUGGGGAACAAUUCAAGAAUCUGCCAAGAGGCUUAUGUGGGGUACACCACAAUCACAGGACAAGCAAUCUGCUCUUUCUCCAUUUUUGUCUGAUCAAAAUGCCGAACGAUUGGCUCUUGCACUAUGCAGAAUGCGUGGAGCAGCACUCAAAAUAGGGCAAAUGUUGAGCAUACAAGAUGAAUCUCUUGUUCCUGCUCCGAUCUUGGCUGCACUGGAUAUUGUCCGCCAAGGUGCAGAUGUGAUGCCAAGGAGCCAGCUUAAUCAAGUUUUGGAUGCUGAAUUAGGUCGUGACUGGUCCUCCAAGUUGAGUAGUUUUGAUUAUGAACCAAUGGCUGCUGCAAGUAUUGGCCAGGUUCACCGAGCUGUUACGAAAGAUGGCAUGGAAGUUGCUAUGAAAAUUCAGUACCCUGGUGUUGCAGAUAGCAUAGAAAGUGACAUUGAGAAUGUGAAACUUCUAUUAGAUUAUACAAAUUUAAUUCCAGAAGGACUUUAUCUUGACAAAGCUAUGAAGGUGGCAAAAGAAGAAUUAUCUCGUGAGUGUAACUAUGAGUUGGAGGCAGCCAAUCAGAAGCGGUUCCAUAAUCUGUUAUCUGAUACAGAAGGUUUCUAUGUUCCGAUUGUUGUGGUUGAAAUUGCAAGCAAAAGAGUAUUAACCACAGAACUUGUUUCUGGAAUUCCAAUUGAUCAAGUGGCAAUACUAAACCAAGACACUCGUAAUUAUGUUGGCAAGAAGUUGCUCCAGCUCACAUUGAUGGAGCUGUUCGUCUUCCGCUUUAUGCAGACUGAUCCAAAUUGGAGCAACUUUUUAUAUGAUGAGACCAAAAAAAUAAUGAAUCUCAUCGACUUUGGAGCUGCUCGGGAUUACCCUAAAAAAUUUGUCGAUGACUAUUUGAGAAUGGUUGUUGCAUGUGCAAAUGGAGAUAGAGAUGGAGUGAUUGAAAUGUCAAAGAGACUUGGGUUUAUGACAGGAAUGGAAUCAGAGAUUAUGAUAGAUGCUCAUGUUCAGGCUGGUUUUAUUGUGGGUUUGCCAUUUUCUAAGCCUGGUCCAUUUGACUUCCACUCCGCCAAUAUUACUCAAAGCAUCACAAACCUGGGGGCUACCAUGCUGAGGCACAGGCUCACACCACCACCAGAUGAGGUCUACAGUCUUCAUCGUAAACUUUCAGGUGCUUUCUUGGCUUGCAUUAAGCUUCGAGCCGUUGUGCCAUGUAGGGAAUUGUUAUUUGAGGUGUAUGAUCACCAUCAUUUUGGUGAAGAUGGUAACGAUCUCUUGUCAAGUGCCAUGACUUCUCAAUAGGUUCAUGAUUUUCCUCAAAUUUUCUAUUUGUUUUAAUAUUAUUGGGAUGGAAUGUGCAGCUGGAGUAGUAUCAGCUGGGGUGUCCGUGUAGAAAAUUAAGGUAAAAUUAAACCAUUGCGGGGAUUACAAUUCAUUUCUUUCCUAGAGCCCAAUUGGUGAAAUAAGAAUUAGAAAUUUUGUGAUAGCACAAGGCUGUAAUUUUGAAUAAGGUAGAUUUAGCUGGGAUACCCAAUCUUCUCCUUUUCAGUUUGUAAUAUCAAGCUUCUAUUCUUCUGAGAUUUACUUGGGUGGUUUGUUUCAUGUUGCAUCCUGAUAUUCCAUUGAGUUUUUGUCUCUGACUAGAAAAUAAGUUGCAAGAUUCGGUGCAUUUGUGGCUAUUAAUGGAAAAGUAACGAAUUUCAUUA